UGUCCCCCCGCCUGCCCGCCUUCCCCCUCAUUCCCUCCGUCCUGAAUGUGAUUUAUCCCGAGCCCUCGCCAGCGAGCCAGGCCGGCGGCGCGGGGUGGCCCGAUGGCUCCUCGUGGGGGUCGCGGGGCCCGGGACCAGCGCACGGGUGGGCGGCAGCGGGGCCCCGUGGGCAUCGCGCUGCUCCUGCCCGUGCUGGCGGCGGCGGCCGGGCUGAGCCUGCAGCCGGGCAGGACGCGGCACCCGGGCGUGUGCCCCAACCAGCUGAACCCCAACCUGUGGGUGGACGCGCAGAGCACCUGCGAGCGGGAGUGCCAGGCAGACCAGGACUGUGAAGACUUUGAGAAGUGCUGCACCAACGUGUGUGGGCUGCGGAGCUGCGUGGCCGCGCGCUUUGCCGACGGCAGCGCCCCGGCGCUGGCCCUGGCACCCGCCGCGUCCUGCGAGAGCUUCGUGUGCGCCCAGCAGGGCUCCGACUGCGACAUCUGGGACGGGCAGCCCGUCUGCAAGUGCAAGGACCGCUGCGAGAAGGAGCCCAACUUCACCUGCGCCUCCGACGGGCUCACCUACUACAACAAGUGCUACAUGGACGCCGAGGCGUGCCUGCGCGGCACCCGCCUCACCACCGUGCCCUGCAAGCACAUCUUCACCUGGCCCGACACCAGCCCGGUGCCGCAGGAGACCACGGCGCGCCCCACGCCCGGCGCCGGCCCCGAGGUGCCGGUGCCCCCCGCCCUCUACACCAACCCCUUUCACCAGUCCGUGCGCGCCGGGGGCACCGUCAGCUUCCGCUGCGACGUCAGCGGGCGCCCGCGGCCGGACAUCACCUGGGAGAAGCAGAGCGAGCGCGAGGAGAACUUCAUCAUGCGGCCGGACCAGAUGUACGGCAACGUGGUGGUCACCAACAUCGGCCAGCUGGUCAUCUACAACGCCCGCCACGAGGACGCCGGCAUCUACACCUGCACGGCCCGCAACGCCGCCGGGCUGCUCCGCGCUGACUUCCCGCUGUCUGUGGUCAGGCGGGAGCCAGGGGGGACCCCGCGGGCCAGCAGCCCCCAGCCCUUCCCCAGCACCGAGUGCCUGAAGGAGCCGGACCGGCGGCGCUGCGAGGCCGUGGAGGUGCGCUGGCACUUUGAUGCCAAGCAGGGCUCCUGCCUCACCUUCCGCUACGGCGGCUGUGGGGCCAACAGGAACCACUUUGAGACGUACGAGGAGUGCCGAGCCGCCUGCCUGGGCAGCGCCCGCCCCACCUGCCUGCUGCCCAUGGUGCAGGGGCCUUGCCAGAACUGGGAGCCACGCUGGGCGUACAACCACCUGCUGAAGCAGUGCCACUCCUUCGUCUACGGCGGCUGCGAGGGCAACACCAACAACUUCGAGAGCAAGGAGACGUGUGAGGACGUGUGCCCCUUCCCCAAGAGCCUGCAGUGCAAGGCCUGCCGCCUCAAGAGCAAGAUGGUGCUGAGCCUCUGUCGCAGCGACUUUGCCAUCGUGGGCCGGCUGAUGGAGAUCGUGGAGGACCAGGACUCCGGCAUUGCCCGCUUUGCCCUCGAGGACGUCCUCAAGGAUGAGAAGAUGGGCCUCAAGUUCUUCAACAUCAAGUACCUGGAGGUGACCUUGACCGACAUGGACUGGAGCUGCCCCUGCCCCAACAUGACAGCGGAGGACGGGCCACUGAUCAUCAUGGGCGAGGUGCACGACGGCAUGGCCACGCUGGACCCCAGCAGCUACGUCCGGGCAGCCAAUGACAAGCGUGUGAAGAAGAUCUAUGAGCUGAUGGAGAAGAAAACUUGCGACCUCCUGAACCGCUUCCAGGACUAGGGGAGAGCCAGGAUGUGCCAACAGGGGGAGCUGCAGACACACCAUGGAGGGGGCAGCCUAGGGAAGCCCCUGCAUCUGAGGUUACCACCAUCAUGUAGUUCCCCCCAGCCUCAUGCUGAGCCCCAGACCAGCUCCCGUCUCCCCUGUAAUUUAUCUGCUGCAUGCCCCCCUCUUGUGUGCCCCCCAGCCUGGCCAGCAGCAAUAAGGAACUGGGUUGGGUUGCAGAGGGGUGGGAGGUCUGCCAGGACAUCCCUCCUCCCCAUAAAAACUUUCCCACCUCAUUGAAGCCUCUGGACCCAGUGUAGCAUCCCCAGUGCAGAAUCUGACCCCCCGCUGGUGCCGGGAGUGGGCUGGAGAUCCUCCCCCCUCAUGUUGGCACUGAAAGCAUCAGGGAGCUGCUGGGUCAGGGGGGAGCCAAAGCCACAAAGUUUAUUGGGGGGAACAGCACAGUCCUGGGAAAGGGGGAAGGAUGAUGGGCCCCCUGCCAUUAGCACAGCAUCCUAGGAGCAAACUGAGCAAGAAGUCUCCCCCAUACCCAGGGGUGCUGUGCCCCCGC